GUGGUUUGCCGUACAACAACAGAAAUGGCCUCUUCCCAGGAUGUCCACGUCCGAAUUUGUGGACAAGAAAUAAUCAAAUAUGAUCUCGAAAUUAAAGCUCUCAUUCAGGACAUUAGAGAAUGUCCGGGGCCACAAAGUGUGUUGAUGGAUUUCAACUCCGAAGUAAAAGAGAGAUUCAAUCAGCUACGACUGAGAAUCCAGAAUAUGGAGCAAAUGGCCAAGGAACAAGACCGAGAAACAGAAAAACAAGCCAUCUUGAGUGAGACAGAGAGUAAUCGUAGACAGAUGCUGAGAUAUUCCCUCUACAGUAACCAGACAGCUUGGAGGAAGGCAAACCUGGCAUGUAAACUGUCCAUUGACAACCUUGAGAAAGAUGAGCUGUUGUAUGGCGGAGACUCUACUGUGCGACAACGAAAAGCAACUAAGGAGAGUUUGGUCCAGACAUCCGGUGAUAUCACAGAGAGCCUGAUGAGCAUCAGUCGUAUGAUGGCUCAGUCGGUGUCGCAGAGCGAGGAGACCAUCGGCACUCUGGCUACGUCCUCAAGAACAGUCCUGGAAACUGAUGAAGAGUUCAAAGCCAUGACAGGAACCAUACAUUUGGGAAGGAAACUGAUCUCAAAAUAUAACAGACGAGAAUUGACUGACAAACUACUCAUCUUUCUAGCAGUGGCUUUGUUUUUAGCAACUGUCCUGUACAUUUUGAAAAAAAGGCUGUUCCCAUUCAUUUAGAGAAAAUUGUGAGCAAUUUCCUGUUCUUCAUUUUUUUUGUCCCUUGAUAUUUCUGUACAAAACUGUCUGUAAUAUAACUACAGUCAUGCCUUUCUAACCUUUCAAUUAGUUUUUCUUGCCAUACAGUCUUGUGCAUUUCCAUUAUGCACCUUCCCCAGACUGUCUAUAGAACUGUGUCAGACUAUUUUUUUAAAUGUUAUUUAACCUUUAUUUAACUAGGCAAGUAAGUUAAGAACAAAUUCUUAUUUACAAUGAUGGACUAGGAACAAUGGGUUAACUGCCUUGUUCAGGGGCAGAACGACAGAUUUUUACCUUGUCAGCUCAGAGAUUCGAUCUAGCUACCUUUCGGUUACUGGCCCAGAACUGUGUCAGACUCUCUUCAGAACUGUGUCAGACUCUCUUCAGAACUGUCUCUCUGCAGAACUGCGUCAGACUCUCUGCAGAACUGCGUCAGACUGACAUGCAUUAUCUAUCUAUACCACAGAGGAAUAACCUUGUUUCAGGGCUCAUAGCUGGCAGGGGCACUUUUUAAAAUAUAUUUUUUUAUCCCAUUGCCCUACUUAUUCUUACUGUACAGUUUACCUGGAAUGUACAACAUGGCCAUAGUCCAUAUACAAUACGAAGGAAAUGGUUACUGUAGAUCUGUAUUGCUGAUGGAAUAGUGUUCCCAAAACACAUGAAUUUAGCAAAUUGUUGUGAGAUAGAAGACUACUUAUUGUAUAAAAGAAUCAACCAUUUUACAACAUUUUGAAUAAACAAAUAUGUUUCUCAA